CGUAGGUCAAGCCGGUAUAAAGCUCCUUCCUCCCGCCCUCCUCUUCUGCACUCUCCCCCCUCAGCACUCACAGACCCCGCUGCACUUCACCCCGCACAGACUGCACCUCACCGCUCCAUCCCGCACCAGACUUGCAGCACCGGGGACGAGGAGACACUUUCUGUACCGGCAGAGGAGCCAAACACCCGCCACCGUGGACUCUGCUGAGGACUCCGCCGCUGGUUUAUACACCAUGACUACCCUGAAGACAGACAGCGAGCACAACAAUAAUAACCUGGAAGAAGAGGUUCGUACCCUCUUUGUCAGUGGCCUACCUAUAGACAUCAAACCCAGAGAACUUUAUCUGCUAUUUCGACCAUUCAAGGGUUAUGAAGGAUCAUUAAUCAAGUUAACCUCAAAACAGCCUGUAGGCUUUGUUACCUUCGACAAUAGAGCUGGGGCUGAAGCUGCAAAGAAUUCCUUAAAUGGCAUCCGAUUUGAUCCAGAGAACCCACAAACCUUAAGGCUAGAGUUUGCAAAGGCCAAUACAAAAAUGGCUAAGAAUAAGUUAAUGGCUACACCUAAUCCCACAAACUUCCACCCUGCACUUGGAGCACAUUUCAUUGCACGAGAUCCAUAUGACCUAACAGGUGCUGCACUUAUCCCAGCCUCCCCAGAAGCCUGGUCUCCCUAUCCACUAUACACUACAGAGCUGGCACCAGCAAUUCCACAUGCUUUUACAUACCCAGCAGCAGCUGCUGCAGCAGCAGCCCUCCAUGCACAGAUGCGUUGGUAUCCUCCUUCUGAAGCUGCUCAACAAGGAUGGAAGUCCCGUCAGUUCUGCUAAAAGCUCUUUGGGUUUUUUCCUCCAUGAAGUAAUGUGCCAGAAAUGAACAAGUGUUCGUAAAACAUUGUACUUCUCCAGAUGCAUCUGAAUGUUCAGCCAAGCCUUCCAAAUGUCGAAGGGUCAUAACAGUCCUUUUCAGCUACAUAAGAUGAAUUAUUUGGCACUUUCUGUGGAAAAUAUGCCUCUGUGGGUAACAAAGUCCAAUGAAGUAACAGGAUGUGACUCUUAAAACCAUGGUAGACAUGGUGCUGCCCUUGCCUGACCAUGUUCUAUAAUGCUACGGAUCUCCCUUCAUCGCAUGUUGACUUUCUGGCAUGAAUUAACUAUUUAAGUGUGUGUGCUUGUUAAAAUCUAUUGCUUGUUUACCAAUUUCAGCUGGUCUGCAAUCAGACCCUGAAUCUAGUCAUGCAGUGAUGAAAACUUGGCUUAAUGUACUGUUUGGUCUACCACCUCAAAUUCAAACAAAUGCAGUUCAAACAGUGCAAACUGAACUCUACUUUCAUGUUUCUGUGGGGUUUUUCAUGGGAGUCUGUCCUUGCCAAAUGCAAACCUAUGGGGUAACGGAACAAAAGUACCAGUAUUUUUGUAACUUGUUUAAUAAGGAGAUAUUUAUGCAUCAUGUGUUUGUGUGAUAAUUAUUAAAAGAAUAUAUUCUGUCCUAAGUUAAUGUUCAGUUAAAAAGCUCAAAUCUGUAUGGUUUGUCUGCUGUACUCUAUGAACAAUUGUGCAAUUUUGUUUUGUUGCAGCCUACUGCUUGGUAUUGAUGUACUUUCAGUAUUAUGAAAGGUUUCUGCUUGGAGAAGGAGUUUCUCUAUUGAUGAUCCUAAAAGAAUGUGAUACUGGAUAAAAUAUAAUGUAUUUAAA